GCAAGAUUCUAAUUUCUCACGUGAAUGGUAUCAGAACCUCUAUUCAGUUCCUUCACGUCUUCAACCUUGGAAGCUAGAUAAUGACAAAUUAGCAGUAAGCAAAAACGAAACCCUAAUUUUUUUCCUUGACCGAGCAAUUUUGAGCUCGAAAUUCUGGGCAACAUGAGCAAUCUGAGAGCAAUCUGUCGGCCCCACACGGUCUUUAUCUCCUCCUUCAUGAGUUGCAGGCAGCGUUCUCGAGCUACGGUUUCAUUUCGAAAUCCUAAUUACAAGCCUCGUUUCUCUGCGCCGUCGUCGUUCUCUCCCUGGUUCGAGUCCUUGGGUUCAAAUGGGACUGAGCCCUGGUUUCGUGCUAGCCAGAGGAGGACCCUGGUUAGGGCAUCGAAUUGGACUGAUCAGAAAUCUCCCUAUGACACUCUUGAGUUAGAAAGAGAUGCCGAUGAAGAGCAGAUAAAGUUUGCUUACAGACGCUUGGCCAAAUUUUAUCAUCCAGAUGUCUAUGAUGGUAGAGGGACUCUUGAGGAGGGGGAAACGGCUGAGGCAAGAUUUAUUAAGAUUCAAGCUGCUUAUGAGUUGCUCAUAGAUGAUGAGAAGCGGAGGAAAUAUGAUAUGGAUUACCGAGUCAACCCAAUGAAAGCAUCUCAAGCAUGGAUGGAGUGGCUUAUGAAAAAGAGAAAAGCUUUUGAUCAGCGGGGUGAUAUGGCUAUUCAAGCUUGGGCUGAGCAGCAGCAGCGUGAGCUGAAUCUUCGUGCUCGCCGUCUUUCUCGUUCAAAGGUUGAUCCUGAAGAACAGAGGAGAAUCCUGGCUAAAGAAAAAAAGGCAUCCGAGGAGUAUUUAUCCAACACCCUUAGGCGCCAUACACUUGUCUUGAAGAAAAGGGACUUGAUGCGAAAGAAAGCCGAGGAAGAGAAGAAAAAGACCAUCAGUCGGCUUUUAGCUGCAGAGGGUCUUGAGCUUGACACAGAAGAUGAUUCGGCGCUGUAGACAACUUGCUUCACCCACUUUCAGAUAUCCCACAUCUAAUUACAGAAUACAUUCUUGAAUAUACGUUGUUGGCGAUACACAUAUUUUAUUGUACAAAAUAAUAAUAAUAAAAAAAAAAGUUGUACAUAUUGUUCCUUUCAUAGUUAAAAAGAAACGAAUGAGAUUGCAAUUUA